AUGUCCGUCAACUACAUGCGUCUGCUCUGCCUGAUGGCCUGCUGCUUCUCCGUCUGCCUGGCCUACAGGCCCAGCGGCAACAGCUACCGCAGCGGCGGCUAUGGCGAAUAUAUUAGGCCCGUCGAAACCGCCGAGGCUCAAGCGGCUGCUCUCACCAAUGCUGCCGGCGCUGCCGCCUCCUCCGCCAAAUUGGAUGGUGCCGAUUGGUAUGCACUGAACCGUUAUGGCUGGGAACAGGGCAAGCCUCUGCUGGUCAAGCCAUACGGCCCGCUGGACAACCUCUAUGCCGCUGCUUUGCCACCACGCGCCUUCGUCGCCGAGAUCGAUCCAGUCUUCAAGAGGAACAGCUAUGGCGGUGCAUAUGGCGAGAAGACUGUCACCCUGAACACCGGCUCCAAGCUGGCUGUCUCUGCUGCCUAA